AUGGACUGGGUCGACAUGUCUAUACAUUAUCCUCUCAACAGAUAUCCCUUUACCUCCGAGUACGUGGGCCAGACCUCCACCCAUAUGGAGAAUCCUCUGACAUUUAGCCUGCAGUGCUUCUGGAUAUCGAUCUUGUUCUAUACCUACGCGCUUUUCGCCAUCAAGUUGACAUUUCUAAUCCACUAUUACCGAAUCAUGUCUGUCUCUAACAUGAGAUGGCUAUACUUGGGCGCACUCGGUUUCAUCAUCCUCUGGGGCACCUACCAAGGCAUUGGAGUAUUCUUUUUUUGCACACCAAUUCAAUCUUUUUGGGAUGCAGGUGUCAAGGGACGCUGCCUCCUGGCGCAGCCUACUAUAUGGCUCAUCAGUGGCAUCGUGCACAUUGUCACUGACUUCGCAAUCAUCGUCAUGCCUCUACCCAUUGUUUGGAAACUUCAGCUUCCACGAUCCCAGAAGAUUUAUCUCACUGGUAUUUUCGGCCUUGGAACACUUACUCUCGCGAUCGGUAUUCUCCGCGUGCAGUGGCUCGACCCCGUUACAGACAUGACGUGGUGGAACGUUACAGCAGCUUCAUGGUCCAUGGCAGAGAUCGUGUCUGGAAUAACUUGUGCUUGCCUUCCGACUUUCAAGCCCUUGCUGAUUGGUAUCAAGAAUUGGCUCCAUCGAUCGGAUGAUGGAGACAGCACCAUCUGUCUCCAGGAUCAAGGAAGAAAUGAGCUUACGGGAUCAACCUUGGCUGCAUUUGAGGGUCAUGGAGGUGUCGGUACUGGACCGAAAGUACCAACCAGUAUCGCAAUGUAUGGAACCCAGACGAACAUAUCGGCAUAA